AUGCCUCUCAACAUCUUCCGCGUCCUGGGGGACUUUUCCCAUCUCGCAUCCAUCGGCAUUCUCCUCCACAAGAUGGUACAGCUCAAGAGCUGUUCCGGCAUCUCUUUUAAAUCGCAAGCCCUGUACUUUCUCGUCUACAUCACGCGAUAUCUCGAUCUCUUUGCAACGACGAGCAUCUACAACGCCGUCUUCAAGAUACUCUUCAUCGGCGCGCAGGGGUACAUUAUUUACCUGAUGGUCAACGCGUACAAGCCGACCAACGACCCGAACCUCGACACGUUCCGGGUGCAGUACCUGCUCGGCGGGGCGGCGGUGGUGGCGGUGCUGUUCCCCUACGAGUACUCGCUCAUGGAGAUCCUGUGGGCGUUUUCGAUCUGGCUCGAGGCCGUGGCCAUCCUGCCGCAGCUGUUCAUGCUGCAGCGCACGGGCGAGGCCGAGACCAUCACGGCAAACUACCUCUUCGCCCUCGGUCUGUACCGCGCCCUGUACAUCCCCAACUGGGUCUACCGUUACGUCAUGGAGCCGAGGCAUAAGGUGGACUACAUCGCCGUGACGGCCGGCAUCAUCCAGACGGUCCUGUACAGCGACUUCUUCUGGAUCUACUACAACAAGGUGCUCAAGGGCCAGAAGUUCAAGCUGCCCGUGUAG